AAAAAUGCUCGCGAUAUCAGUAUCGCAGCAGAAGUUUGUUGACACGUAGCCCGUUUUCAAUUUAUUGAUCCUUAACAAUUUUCCGCUUGGUUCAAGAGUUAUACAGUCGAAAUGACGCCGAAACUGAAAAUUUCGGAAUUUGUGCUGCAGCGCAUCGCGGCAGUAACAAGCCAAUGCAGCGGCGAAUUGUUUGGAAUAAUGUGCCGCGGAACGCUGACAGUGCUGGGAUUCAUCCUCGAGGAGAAGGAAGCGGUGAGUGCUCUCAAUUAUAGCAAGGUGCAAAACAAUUUCCCUACCGAAAUUGACCUGUGUGGGUUGAUUAAAUUUGGACCCUGUACGGACACCGAAGCUCAUCUAAAUGAGAUUCUGCAGGAUGUUGACAUUACCGAUAAUCCGGUGUUGCUGAAUGUGGAAGCCGAUGGGGAAGUAAAGGCGUCCCUAUUUAAACACGGUCAACUAGAGGACAUUGCAUUCGAAGUUGAAAGUGAGAUUGAAUUGAUGCGAAAUUACGUGUUUCUGAGAUUGCAGUGUAGUUUGGAGUUGUUCUGCGAACAAAAUGAAAAGUCAGUUUCGCAGAGUGCUUUCACAUUGCGAAAACGGCUGGCUUCAGGAAACGUAGCUUUCGGCGUUUCGGGAACAGAUGUGAUUAUGAGCGGCGGAUCCAGUGGCUCUCAGGUAAUCGGUUUGGAUGCUGAGGCAUCAAUGGAAGCUCUUCUCUUACUGACCGUGAAACCCGUUGAGGAAGAUGGAUUCGGAACGAAAGGAGGAAAGAAGAAAAACAACACGGUAACACCAACGGAGUAUCCAGUUGUAAACGUAAAUAUGAUGAUUAAAAAAUCUAAAGAUACUCAGGAUGAAAAGUUAACUCGAGAAGCCUGCAACGUGACAAUUGAUAGUAAAAAUGGUAGCAACAAAGUGCAAAUCCCUCUGCAGGUUGAUGUAUUAAGCAUGCUGCAUCGCGAAACAAAGGUGAACUUGUGCUACGACAUUUUGGUGGAAAGCGUGUGCCGAUCGUUACGUUUGUUGGAGCACAGUUUUCUUGACCAGCUAACGUACUUCAAGCAGAUUUACGUCUCCAAGUGCUAUCAUUUGCUUCCUGAUGUUUUAGGUCACUUCAUUACCUGUGUUUAUCCGGUUCGAGAGACUGCCGAGGCAGAAGAUCAGUAUUUGAUGGAGAAGCGUACGUCGCUCCAUCAGCAGUUUGGGUUGCGUAAAAAUCGACCGUACUUUCGUAAGGCCAAUGCAUUCCGAUUUAGGGAGACCAACAGCAAGCUUCUCUUCAAUCCGCAUGUGGGGGUUAAAAGACAAUUAACCGAGGGUCGCCUAUCGGUGGUGCAGGGUCGGUACAGCUACCAUCACUAUAUGCAGGACGGAUUCAACGACGACGGUUGGGGCUGCGCGUACCGCUCGCUACAGACUCUCAUUUCGUGGUUUGUCUUGCAGGGGUAUGUCGAUGUGCGGAUUCCAACACAUCAGGACAUUCAGAAAUAUUUGGUCCGGGUGGGCGACAAGCCAAACAGCUUCGUUGAUUCGCGCCAGUGGAUCGGUUCUACCGAGGUUUCGAUGUGCUUGAACGAGUUUGCUGGGGUAGAUUCGCGAAUAAUGCAUGUAAGCUCCGGUGAGGAUUUGGCCAGUAAGGGCUCUGAACUGGCGUAUCACUUCGAAACGCAAGGAACACCCAUCAUGAUCGGUGGGGGUGUGCUUGCGCAUACAAUUCUAGGUGUGGAUUUCGACAGGAACACAGGAAACUUGAAGUUUCUUAUAUUGGAUCCCCACUACACUGGACCGGAUGAGAUUGGAACCGUACUGGCGAAGGGUUGGUGUGGUUGGAAAGGUGUCGAGUUUUGGGAUAAGAAAGCUUACUAUAAUUUGUGCAUGCCGCAAAGACCUGCAGUGUUUUAAAUUUAUUUUUUGCUUGUUUUUGUGAAUAAUGAUAAUAAAGUAUAUAUUUUUUACAAUUA